GUAUGAGUGUGUGGUUUAUUAAAAGCAGAAUGGAAACUAGUCAUUUCCUGCCCCAGGGCAAAUAAGUGGAGCACUUAUAAUAUUUCAGUCAUUUCAUUUGCAAGUCAGACUCAGAGAGGAGGAGAUGGCCCCUUUUACAUGGACCCUCUUUUUUGCCUGCCUUGGCUUAAAAGUGAGUCAAACUGAAGCCCCAUCCUGGACAAUUAAGAUGCCGUCUUCGGUCAAAGGUCUACCUGGAUCCUGUGUGGUGAUCCCCUGCUCGUUUGAAUAUCCAGAUCCAGGCAAGGAGGUCACUCAAUUUAUUGGGAUGUGGUUGGAUGCAUCGCAUCAGCUCAUCUACCACCCAGAGAAGUCUAAAAUAACGCAACAGUAUGGGAAUCGGACAGAGCUGCUGGGAAACGUCAGUAAGAAAAUCUGUACCCUGAAGAUCGAUCCACUUAAACAAGGAGACCAAGGGCCUUUUCAUUUCAGGAUCGUCAUGCCUGAUUAUGAAAAGUUUUCUUACCAAGAAAACACAGUCUCUAUCACAAUGAUGAGUGAACUUAAUCCCAUCCAGUUCUCUGUGAAAGAGCAUGUAACAGAGGGUCAAAAUGUGUCUGCGUCCUGCUCUGUGUCUCACUCCUGCCGCACCUCUCCUCCCGUCUUCACCUGGAGUCACUCUGGUAAGGAACAUGUCCAACAACAGGAGAUGAACGAUGGGCAGACGUCAGAAACAUCUACUCUGAAAUUUCACCCGACCAGCGCUGAUCACAACAAGCCUUUACAGUGCACUGUCACAUACAAGGGAGGGCAGCACCACAAAACAUCCAGGAUCCUCAAAGUGAAUCACGCUCCAGUGAAUGUAAAGGUUGAGCACAAGUCAGAAGUGAAGGAGGGAGAAGCUGUGCCGCUGAGAUGCUCCUGUGAUGCUUACCCUGCUGCCAACAUCUAUUGGUGGCACAAUGAAAUGGGGGCCUUACUGCAUCAAGGAAAUGACUUCACGCUGCCUAAUGUUUCCAGACACAUGGGAGCCCUGUACUGCAAUGCUUCCAAUACAAUAGGAAGCGGAAAAUCAAACCCUGUGCAGUUCAAUGUGUUGUAUGCCCCUGCGAUUGCAAAGGCCUCAUCCUGCACCUCAGAGGGAAAUAUGGUAAAGUGUGUGUGCAUUUCGGAUUCCAAGCCUCCCAGCAAGCUCUACUUUGUGCUUCAUGACAGAAUCCUGCCAAACACCAAGGUGGAGAAACAUGGCUCUGUUACCAUCGGGACUCUGAUAGCAGAGUUAGGAUCUACUGUGGUUGUCUACUGUCUGGCAAACAACACAAUGGGCAGUGCCAACCUCACACUCUCUUCACCUGUUUCCAGUAAGAUGCUGAAUCUAUAUAUUAUCAUCGCCUCGUUAGCAGGUGGGAUUUUGGUGAUGAUUUUAAUAACAGUAAAAGUUGUUAAAAAAUGCAGGGGGAAGUAUGAGGAUACAUCAGCGCCUCAUAUUAGCUCUACGAAGGAAGACAAGGAUGUGACGCUCCCUCAGUAUACUACAACAAAAAGAAAAAAGAGAUAUGAUGAUGUGAAUUGCUCUGACAUUCAUGCCAAUGACCAUGUGUAUGGCAACAUGGAGAACGACUGCGAUGACGCAAUAUACGCCAAUAUGUAGCAACGUUUAAUUAAGUGGAGGAGCAGCUGCAGUCUCUCUCUGCAUGAUGUCCAACUGAUGUGGUUCAACAAGUUAAAUAAAAAAUAUUGAUAUCUUAACUUUUGUAUAUGUUAAACAUGUGUUCUUUUUUUGUCUCCUCUAAUUCACAUAUGCCUGUAUUUUUAUAUACAUGUUCACAUCUAAAAGAUUAAUUCCCCCUGACUGAUCGUAAGAUUUACAAUAAAACGUGUUGUCAAAAAUAA